AUGACUGGGUGUCCUUUCACUGUGCAUCUUUCUAACGAUGAUUUCAUUGAUUUGGUGCGUUUUGAUCUAGUGAAAUGUGAGGACCCUGGUAUCCCGAACUAUGGUUACAGGAUCCGAGAUGAAGGCCACUUCACUGACACCGCGGUUCUGUACAGCUGCAACCCAGGCUAUGCGAUGCACGGCAGCAGCACGCUGACCUGCCUGAGUGGGGACCGGAGAGUGUGGGACAAACCACUGCCCUCCUGUGUGGCGGAAUGUGGAGGUCAGAUCCAUGCCGCCACAUCAGGGCGCAUACUGUCCCCUGGAUACCCAGCCCCAUAUGACAACAAUCUCCACUGCACGUGGACCAUAGAGGCAGAUCCUGGAAAGACCAUCAGCCUCCAUUUCAUUGUUUUUGACACUGAGACGGCUCACGACAUCCUCAAGGUCUGGGAUGGCCCCGUGGACGGUAACAUCCUCCUGAAGGAGUGGAGUGGCUCGGCCCUGCCUGAGGACAUCCACAGCACCUUCAACUUGCUCACACUGCAGUUCGACAGUGACUUCUUCAUCAGCAAGUCUGGCUUCUCCAUCCAGUUCUCCACGACCAUCGCAUCCACGUGCAAUGACCCUGGGAUGCCGCAGAAUGGGACCCGCUAUGGCGACAGCCGGGAACCUGGAGACACCAUCACCUUCCAGUGUGACCCUGGAUACCAGCUCCAAGGACAAGCCAAAGUCACCUGUGUUCAGCUCAACAACAGGUUCUUCUGGCAGCCAGACCCGCCUACGUGCAUAGCUGCAUGUGGUGGGAACCUGACAGGCCCAGCGGGAGUGAUUUUAUCCCCUAACUACCCUCAGCCGUACCCUCCUGGGAAGGAGUGUGACUGGAGAAUAAAGGUGACCCCGGACUUCGUCAUUGCAUUGAUUUUCAAAAGUUUCAGCAUGGAGCCCAGCUAUGACUUCCUGCAUAUCUACGAAGGGGAGGACUCCAACAGCCCCCUGAUUGGGAGCCUCCAGGGCUCCCAGGCCCCGGAGAGGAUUGAGAGCCGUGGGAACAGCCUCCUCCUGGCCUUCAGGAGCGAUGCUUCUGUGGGCUUGUCCGGUUUUGCCAUCGAAUUUAAAGAGAAACCCCGGGAAGCUUGCUUUGACCCUGGGAACAUAAUGAAUGGGUCAAGAAUCGGAACUGACUUCAAGCUGGGCUCCACAGUCACCUACCAGUGUGACUCUGGCUACAAGAUUGAGGACCCCUCAUCCAUCGAGUGUGUGAUCGGGGCUGAUGGGAAACCCUCCUGGGACCGUGCCCUGCCAACCUGCCAAGCGCCCUGUGGAGGCCAGUACACAGGAUCAGAAGGGGUGGUUUUGUCACCAAAGUACCCUCAUAACUACACGGCUGGUCAAGUGUGUGUCUAUUCUAUCACAGUGCCCAAGGAAUUUGUGGUGUUCGGACAGUUUGCCUACUUCCAGACGGCCCUGAACGACUUGGCUGAGCUGUUUGAUGGAACCCACCCUCAGGCCAGGCUUCUCAGCUCUCUUUCGGGGUCUCAUUCAGGUGAAACUCUCCCCCUGGCUACAUCAAAUCAAAUUCUGCUUCGGUUCAGUGCUAAGAGCGGAGCAUCUGCACGGGGCUUCCACUUCGUGUACCAAGCCGUCCCACGCACCAGCGACACUCAGUGCAGUUCUGUCCCAGAGCCCAGAUAUGGAAGGAGGAUUGGUUCUGAGUUUUCCGCAGGUUCAAUCGUUCGAUUUGAGUGCAACCCAGGAUACCUCCUUCAGGGUUCCACGGCCAUCCGCUGCCAGUCUGUGCCGAAUGCACUGGCUCAGUGGAACGACACCAUCCCAAGCUGUGUAGUUCCAUGCAGUGGUAAUUUCACUCAGCGGAGAGGAACGAUUCUGUCCCCAGGCUACCCUGAGCCCUAUGGUAAUAACUUGAACUGUGUGUGGAAGAUCAUAGUGACCGAGGGGUCAGGGAUCCAGAUUCAGGUCAUCAGCUUUGCCACGGAGCAGAACUGGGACUCCCUGGAGAUCCAUGACGGAGGGGAUGUGUCGGCCCCGAGACUGGGCAGCUUCUCAGGGACCACGGUGCCUGCGCUGCUGAACAGCACCUCCAACCAGCUCUGCCUGCAUUUCCAGUCUGACAUCAGCGUCGCGGCUGCUGGAUUUCACCUGGAAUACAAAACGGUGGGUCUGGCUGCGUGCCAGGAACCGGCUCUCCCAAGCAACGGCAUCAAGAUCGGAGAUCGAUACAUGGUGAACGAUGUGCUCUCCUUCCAGUGUGAGCCUGGGUACACCUUGCAGGGCCGUUCACACAUUUCCUGUAUGCCGGGAACUGUCCGUCGCUGGAACUACCCUUCCCCCCUCUGCAUCGCCACCUGCGGAGGGACGCUGACCAGCCUUGGAGGAGUGAUCCUGAGCCCAGGGUUCCCAGGCUCAUACCCCAACAACCUGGACUGCACCUGGAAGAUCUCAUUGCCCGUUGGCUAUGGUGCGCAUAUCCAGUUCCUGAACUUCUCAACAGAAGCCAACCAUGACUACCUAGAAAUCCAGAAUGGCCCUCACCACAGCAGCCCAAUGAUGGGCCAGUUCAGCGGCCUGGAUCUGCCCGCAUCCCUGCUAAGCACCACGCACGAAACACUCAUCCGCUUCUACAGCGACCACUCACAGAACCGGCAGGGAUUUAAACUCACCUACCAAGAACUGGGGCCUCUGAAAGGAGGAAUCCGGACAGGAGAAACAGGGAAAGGAGGCCUGCGUCUGAGAGCCCUGAAGCCCCAGCUGUGCCGUCUCUGUGAACACAAGAAUCUGCUGUUACUCCCUUCCUAG